GUACACUUCCCUUAAAACCAAAUCUUAAAUAUACACAACUUCCAGGAGUAUAUCCUAUUCCUAAUAACUAUAAAAUAGAAGUUUUUUGGGGACAUAUAGAAAAAAAUCAUAUUCAAGCUUCUAUUGAUUAUAUUGAAGGAAUUCCAAAUUAUACAAUUGAAUGGACAAACAAUGAACAAAAAUAUAUAAUAAUUUUACAAAUUUUGCCUUCAGAUGCAGCUAGCAAAUAUUGUAAUCUAACUAAAGUUAUACCAAAAAAGAAUCAUCCAUGGUGUGCUAAACCUCUUAGUGAUCUUGGCAAUGAUUCAUAUAGAGAUAAAACUAAAAGGGCAGCUAAAAGUUUGUUUAAUGAUUUUGAAAUAAAAAAAAAAAAAAUUUGGCAUCUGACAGAUAACUCUAAACUUAAAGAAAUAGUAAUGGAGGUGGGUGAACAACCAUGGUUAGUAAAGUUUGAUGAAAAUCAACAAUUAGAAAAAAAAAAAGGCGCAAAAAAUAAAUAUCGAGCUCUUACAACUGCUUCACAAGAUUUACCAAAAGAAUAG